GUCAAGAGGAACCACUAGCCUUUCCCCCUUUUCGCAGUGUUUACACUAGUGUUAUGUUUACCCACCCCCUGAUGGAGUCUAGCUGCACCGAAGCCUCCACCACUCGGCUCGAUGCCGAGAAGGCUAACCCGAAGAAUGACCCUGAGCUUAACAGUCAUCAGGACGAGAAGAGGGCCUUGACUGGCUUUCGUUGGUUUGCCUUCGUCGUUAGCACCCUUACUGCCAUCUUCGUCUACGCGCUUGACAAUACGGUUGUUGCCAAUAUUAUUCCUGUCAUUGUCAACGAUCUUAAGGGUACCGAGAAGCUCCCAUGGCUCUCUGUCGGGUUCAUGAUCGGCGGCUUGGCCGUCAUCCUCCCGAUGGGCAAGCUCUACGCCAUCUACAACCCAAAAUGGGUCUACAUUGUCUCGUUUGUCAUCUUCCUGGCUGCAUCUGCUCUGUGCGGCGCGGCUCCAGACAUGGAGGCCGAAAUUGUUGGCCGUGUGCUCGCCGGCGCGGGCGGCAACGGGAUAUACUACGGCCUGCUGGCGCUGCUGUCGAUGCACACCACCGCCAAGGAACGGCCGCAGUAUCUUAGCUACACCGGCCUCGUCUGGGGUCUCGGCACCGUUCUCGGCCCCGUGGUCGGCGGCGGCUUCGCCCUGUGGAACUGGCGCUGGGGGUUCUACAUCAACCUGCUCUUUGGCGCCGUCCUCCUGCCGGCCUACCUCCUGGUGAUUCCGUCCACGGCCGCCAUGCCCGGCAGUACGCAAUGGCAGAAGAUUGUGAUGCUAGACUGGGCUGGCAUCGUUCUCAGCGUUGGCGCCAUGGUGACGCUUGUCAUUGCCAUCAACUUUGGCGGCGUGGACUGGGCCUGGAACAGCGGCGCCAGCAUAGCUCUCUUUGUCGUGUCUGGUGUGCUCUGGGUCGUCUUUGGUCUCCAGCAGUCCCUCAGUCUCUUGACAACCAAGGAGCAGCGUCUGUGUCCUGUGCAUCUCCUUCGACAGAGAAUGCCCGUGCUGUUGUUCGUGGCGUGCGCGUCGGUAGCGUGCGUCGCUUACACCUCGGUGUACUACAUCCCGUUGUACUUUCAGUUCACCCGGGGUGAUUCGGCGAUCUACACAGCCGUCCGCCUGCUGCCGUACAUCUGCGUGCUCAUCACGGCUAUGCCCCUGAGUGGAUGGUUCUUGUCAAAGUACGGUUGGUACAAACCGUUGUACCUGGUCGGAAGCUUGGUUGCUCUGGUCACCUCUGCGCUUAUGGCACACUACGUCGAGCGUGGGACUUCCGUGGGCAUCUUCUACGUAAUCGAGUUGUUUCUGGGACUGAGUACGGGGGCCUACACCCAGUCCUCCUUUGCGGUCAUACAGUCCGUUGUUCCAGCGGAGGAAGCUCCGAACGGCAUUGCCCUGAUGUUGAUUUCUCAACUCGGAGGCAUGACCCUCGGUCUCUCCAUCAGCGGUGCCGUCUUCGUCAACACGGCCGUCAACAAUCUCGAAUCGGCACUGGGUCUCCCGCGUCUCCAGAUCUCUCAGCUCGUUGCUGGCGCAUCGAACCACCUCCUCAAUACCUUAUCGCCCGCCAUGCGUACGCUGACCUUGGACAUCAUCGUUGACUCGUGGCGGAAGGCGUUUGUCGUCGUCUAUGUCGGCGCGGCCGCUAGCCUACUGGCGGCUAUCUUCUUCCGGAACGGGAAAGCCAAUGUUGUUGCUGCGGGGGGUCUCUAG